CCCGACCAGUCCCAGUACCUCUGGGUCUGCCGUCGCGACGUGACCGGCGGGACGGUCAUUGCUUCCAGUCGGAGCGGCGAGACUCGCGUCGCGACGAGACGCUCUCCAGCUCGCUCCAGCUCCAGCAGCCCUGCUCCCGUGCCAGACCGCUGCCGCUGCCCCGCCCGCGGCCACCGGGACACGGCGGGGAAGUGCCAGCGCCAGCCGCGUCUGGCGCGAGGCCCGCGAGUAGACGGAGUAGACGGGCGGUGGCGCCCCGCCUCGUCACGAGACCGUCAGCGUGGACUGCUUCAUCUGCAUGCGUCGCCUGGUGAUGCAACUGGCCGCCGGCGCAUCGGGUCCCCCGUUGGGUCCCCCGGGCCGGGGCGCAGCCGGCGCAGCCCGGGCGCGGCCCCGCCCCCGAGCCUGACCUGACCUCAGGCCUCCUCAGUCCCCGGCCGGCCGCCGCCGAGCUCUGUUCCGCGUCCGCAGAAAGGCCCUCUCCCAGCAGCCAGCGCCGCCCGGCGCGCCCGAGAUCGCCCACGAUGAACGCGACGGUGUCGCUGGCGGGACGCAUCAUGACGUCCUCGCCGGUGUGCUCCAUGAUGAGGCUGGCCACCUUCGGCGCGGUGGCGUGCGCGCUCCCCGCCACCCAGGCCCCGGGCCCCCCGGGCACCACCCCCGCACCCCGCGGCCUGGACCCCAUGGACAGCCUCAGCGUCGAGACCAACGAGAUACCCGGCGUCGGCACCACGCCGUUCCCCAUGCCGCCGACGCUCCUGCACACGCCCAACUACGACCCCGACGUCGCACUCACCACG